GGAUCGGGCUAGGAGGCUGGGCAAAGCGCGCAUGCGCGGCACGUGCGCGCGCACCUUCCUCCCGGGUGCUGCGCGCCCCGACGCUCACGAAGGCUCCGCGCGCCGGCGGUCCUCGGCCGCUCGGGGGACCUGAGGGACGCGCGGCCGCCCGCGGGGCCAGCAGCGCUGCCCGGGAGAGCCCGGAGGCCGGCGGUGAGAUAUUUCAACAAGAAAGAAAUCACUCUCCUCCUAAGAUGGAAUCUGUGAUUUGGGAGUGUGGUUGAUCGACUUGAUAUGCUGGCCAGAUGUGCCCUAUGUAAUAAAAUGAAAAGAAGAUACAAGAUGAUGUCAUUUUCCCAUAUUGUGAAACCAAAAACAAAUGCCCUUUGUGAGACCAGGUUAACAGUCCUUUGACAGUGCAGGGAGUUUUUAACUGAGGAGCCUAGCAGAUACAGAAAGGAUACUUUCAAGCUGAGACCUGCAGGCAUAUACUGAUCUAAAACACAUCUUGAGUAGAUCUGAUCAUCCAAGCCUCAUUCUGAUCCAGGAAGAAUGGCUGUGAGCUGGAUUGUCUUUUAUCUUUGGCUCUUGACUGUGUUUCUGGGGCAGAUAGGUGGGCACAGUUUGUUUUCUUGUGAACCUAUAACCUUGAGGAUGUGCCAAGAUUUGCCUUACAAUACUACCUUCAUGCCUAAUCUUCUGAACCAUUAUGACCAACAGACUGCAGCUUUAGCAAUGGAGCCAUUCCACCCUAUGGUGAACCUGGAUUGUUCUCGGGAUUUUCGGCCAUUUCUUUGUGCACUCUAUGCCCCUAUUUGUAUGGAAUAUGGACGCGUCACACUUCCCUGUCGUAGGCUGUGUCAGCGUGCCUAUAGCGAGUGUUCAAAGCUCAUGGAGAUGUUUGGUGUCCCUUGGCCUGAAGAUAUGGAAUGCAGUAGGUUUCCAGAUUGUGAUGAGCCAUAUCCCCGACUUGUGGAUUUGAAUUUAGUUGGAGAGCCAACUGAAGGAGCCCCAGUUGCAGUGCAGAGGGAUUAUGGUUUUUGGUGUCCCCGAGAGUUGAAAAUUGAUCCUGAUCUUGGCUAUUCCUUUUUGCACGUGCGAGAUUGUUCACCACCAUGUCCCAAUAUGUACUUCAGGAGAGAAGAACUGUCAUUUGCUCGCUAUUUCAUAGGCCUGAUUUCAAUUAUUUGCCUCUCUGCCACAUUGUUUACUUUUUUAACCUUUCUAAUUGAUGUCACAAGAUUCCGUUACCCUGAAAGACCUAUCAUAUUUUAUGCAGUCUGCUACAUGAUGGUGUCAUUAAUUUUCUUCAUUGGGUUUUUGCUCGAGGACCGAGUAGCCUGCAAUGCAUCUAGCCCUGCACAGUAUAAGGCUUCCACAGUAACACAAGGAUCUCACAAUAAGGCCUGUACCAUGCUCUUUAUGGUACUCUAUUUUUUCACUAUGGCUGGCAGUGUAUGGUGGGUAAUUCUUACCAUCACAUGGUUUUUAGCAGCUGUGCCAAAGUGGGGCAGUGAAGCUAUUGAGAAGAAAGCAUUGCUGUUUCAUGCCAGUGCCUGGGGCAUCCCCGGAACUCUAACUAUCAUCCUUUUAGCGAUGAAUAAAAUUGAAGGUGACAAUAUUAGUGGCGUGUGUUUUGUCGGCCUCUACGACGUUGAUGCAUUAAGAUAUUUCGUUCUCGCUCCCCUCUGCCUGUAUGUGGUAGUUGGGGUCUCACUCCUUUUAGCCGGCAUUAUAUCCCUAAACAGAGUUCGGAUUGAGAUCCCAUUAGAAAAGGAAAACCAGGAUAAGUUAGUCAAGUUCAUGAUCCGGAUUGGUGUUUUCAGCAUUCUCUACCUUGUGCCACUCUUGGUUGUAAUUGGAUGUUACUUUUAUGAGCAAGCUUACCGAGGCAUCUGGGAAACCACAUGGAUACAGGAACGCUGCAGAGAAUAUCACAUUCCAUGUCCAUACCAGGUUACUCAAAUGAGUCGUCCAGACCUGAUUCUCUUUCUGAUGAAGUAUCUCAUGGCUCUCAUAGUUGGGAUUCCCUCUAUUUUUUGGGUUGGAAGCAAAAAGACAUGCUUUGAAUGGGCCAGUUUUUUCCAUGGGCGUAGGAAAAAAGAGAUAGUGAAUGAGAGCCGGCAGGUGCUCCAGGAACCUGACUUUGCUCAGUCACUCCUGAGGGACCCAAAUACUCCAAUUAUAAGAAAAUCAAGAGGAACUUCCACUCAAGGGACAUCCACACAUGCUUCUUCAACUCAGCUGGCCAUGGUAGAUGAUCAAAGAAGCAAAGCAGGGAGUGUCCACAGCAAAGUGAGCAGCUACCAUGGCAGCCUCCACAGGUCACGUGAUGGCAGGUACACUCCCUGCAGUUACCGAGGAAUGGAGGAGAGACUACCUCACGGCAGCAUGUCACGGCUGACGGAUCACUCCAGGCACAGUAGUUCUCAUCGGCUCAAUGAGCAGUCCCGACACAGCAGCAUCCGAGACCUCAGUAACAACCCCAUGACUCACAUUACACAUGGCACCAGCAUGAACCGUGUUAUUGAGGAGGAUGGAACCAGUGCUUAGUCUUGUCCAAGGUGAAAUGUGUGCUGUUGAAAAGCAGGUUUUAGUCUUUGCCUUUGCAUGGCUGGCUGCUCUAACUCGCUGUCACUCUGCUUUCUCGGGCAGAGUGUGCCCACUGGGAAAGUAGAAUUUUGCUCUUUGUAUCACAUCAACCUUGGGAUGCGAACAUAUCCAAAACACUAAGAAUCAUGUCAUCACAAAAGUAAUUAUUUCUAGGCUGUGAAGAGAUGAUUGUCUGGUAAGCAUUUUUAUAAACACGAUUAUUUUAUAUCUAGAAAAAUCCUCUAUGUGUGGUGACUGCUUUGUAGUGAAUUUUCAUAUAAUAUGAACUAGUUGUGAAAUGACAUUCUGGUAGCUCUGUUAAUAAAACAAAGUUUCAGAAUUAAAGAAAAUUUCUAUGCAAGGUUUACUUCUCAGAUGAAUACUAGGACUUUGUAGGUUUAUUUCCACAGAGUGAAAAAAGGAACUGUUUUUAAACUAUAGAAGACUUUGAUAAGCCAGCAAGGGUAUUUUAGCUAAUAAGAUAACAGUGCCACAGAAGAUCUGGUUGGCCUGUGGGAGGUUCUCUCAAAGUCUGUCAGUCUUCCCCCAAGAUAUGCAGGCUGUGGAUGAGCACUGGAGUAAAGGCAGAGAUGAGCAUUUCCCCUGUAAUUGGAUUGGUUUUUGUUUUGUAAAUAUUACUUUUAUAGGCUAUGCUUUUAUAAUAUCCAUAUGCAUGAUAGAAACAUUUUAAUUUGUGGCCAUUUUCUCCAGGAAAUAGUAGAAAAUUUCAUGUUCAUAUAUGUUCUGUGGAGGCAUGCAGUAAGAUAAGCAUCACACAUUAUAAGGGGUUUUAGUGGUAAACAAAUUACAAAUGGCAAAAUAUUUUCUGUGUAUUCAUUGUCGUAUUUUUCUACAGUGAGAAUGUGAUCUUGCCAAAGCCAUCAGACCUUGGUACCCAGGCCCUCCUAUAAUUCCCCAGUAGCCAGUUGGCUACAGCUUUUGCCUACAUUCCUAUUUUCUGAAUUACUGUGGUUUACAGCUGAAAUAUAUAUACUCCAAAAUGGUGAUCAAUCUGGGUUCUUGAAAGUCAUUUUAACUAAGUGGAGCAUGGUUACUCUUUCUGUGAAUACCAUUUAAUCUAAAAAAAAGUAUCAAGUAAAAACCUCUUAACAUUUUAUCUUGUAAAGCUUAAAUGAUUUAGGAUAUGAACUGUGAACUUUAUUUGUAUGAAAUUGAUCAGAAAGAAAACUUCUUGAAAAUGCUAACAUGUUAUUCAGAAAACAUAAGUGAUCCUCGGCCCUGAUUGCGGGUACAAAUCACUCUGGAAACUCUCAAUAGCCAACAUCUUUCUGUCAGGUUUGAGUUGAUGCUUUAAAAACAAACAGCUUUCCAAGUGAUUACUAGCGUAGCCAGGCUUGAAGCCAUUCUUUUAAGCUUGCUUUCCCGUAAGGAUGGGUUGAUGGCAUCACAUUCAACCAUGGCAAGAUGGAGCCAGACUCAGUGAUACACUUAUAUUGUUUCCUGAUAUGCAGUUGUUUCUUACUCUGUUAUAAUCCACUAUAAAAUGCAGAAUUCUCAGCUCUGAUCUCUAGAGAGUCUUACUAAUAAAUCAAAGGCAGUAGGAUUUCACAAACCUGUAUUUCUAAAAAUACCACAGAAGAGUCUUAGCAGGUUAACCAAGAAUCACACUCAGAAAAAAAAAAAAAAAUCCCAUAGACUCUGGAGAGGUCUGGCUUUGCCAUAUGCUAGUUUUCAACUUUGAACAAGUCAGCCUCCAUGAGCCUAGUUCUUCUUGUUUAAAGAUGAAGAUAGAAGAUGAAUAUCUCCUCUACCUACCUCAAAAAGUUGUCAAAUUGAGAUCAAAUGAAAACAACAGUCUGGAAGCUCUUUGAAACUGUGAAGUGUUGUGAAAUGUGCAGGAUUAAGAUUCUUGAGGACUAAAGAGCUUUAUUGGAGGUCUACUGUAGUAUAUUUCUUGACACAUGUUUAAUUCGUGUGUUGCCCUUUAAAACUAAGAGUGCCCACAUGACAGAAGAGCCAGUUUCCUGGUAGUCAUGAUUUAUUUGUGUCAUGUUACCCAUUCUUCAUAAGACACAUUUGAGCAUUUGGACCCAGAUGUUUUCUCUUUCUUCUGUCCUCCCAGCUUUCCCCUUGGAACUGGGGUUACCCCUUGGAGAGGCCCGAAGUCCCUUAUAACUGAUAAAUUGUCUAUAAACAGAUCAAUAACUCAUGAAGCUUCUGUCUGAGAAGCUCCUGGAACAGCAUGAGCAAACCAAAACAAACAUCCACAAACAAAAAUAGAAGUUAAGAUAGGAGUACCAGUUUGAGCUCAAAGAUGUCGUCUGCUACCAUCUGCAUCACUACCGAUUGCCAAGUGUUAAUUGUUGUCUUUUGAAGUGCGCCAAGUGUAGACAGUGAAGUGAACAUUGCCAUGAAAGUCUCACCUUUGUGCUUCCAGAGUUUGUGUGUGUCAUUGCAUCUCCUCUGGCUUCAGCCAGUGGUGAUGCAUAUAUGAAUAAUGUUGGCCUUACAGUCACCUUCACCAAGUACCAUUGUUCACUUGUUCUGUGUACUCAGCACAGUACUUUUUGUUCAAUUUGGGCCAUGCUCUUUAUCAUGCUAGUAUGUGCCAGGUUUUAGGAAUCUUUUUUUUUUUUUUUUUUUUUUAAGAGACCAUUGAAGAACUACAGCAGAACAAUUGAUUCCAAAUCUUAACCUGUUGAACUUGUCUUGAACAAGUCUGGACAGUUUUCUUACCAUAUAGGUUACUUUAAUUUCUGUUGUGAUUGGCAUAUAUUAAUACUUAGUGUUUUCUUUGUUCAAUUGACAACCAAGAAAAUGAUAGUGCCCUAUAAAAUGUUAAUAUAUUAUCAAAAGGGAUUUGAAAAGAACUUUGAUUUUAGUGAUAUGGUCUUAUUCAAUAAUUAGGCAAAAGAUCCAAGGCAGUAUUAAGCUCAAAAUAGUAAUUUGUUUCAGAGAGCAGUUGAUGAAUAACAAUUAGCACAGGGCUUAGUACAGAGUAAGCUUUCCAGUAAAUGUUUAGCAAAUAACUAAGUACAUGGCACUCAGACCAUGCGAAUUGUUUUUAUAUGUACAUAUAUAUAUACAUAUACAUAUUUGUGAAUUUGUUAAAAAUCUGUAUAAAGUAAGAAUCCUUUUCAGUUUCACACAAAAAACAAAAGGAUAGGAGGUUUAUAGAACCUAGGCUUAUAAGUAAACUCAUGAUUCUUCUAAGCUUUUUUUUAUGCCUUUUUGUGAUCAGCUAAAAUGAGAAAAGCUUGGCUGUAGAAACAGUUCAGUGAUAAAGUGUACUUGCUGCUCUUCCCGAGGACUCAGGUUUGGUUCCUUGCACCCUUGUUCUCACAGUGCCUGUAGCUUCAGCUCUGGGGAUCUAACAUCACACUUGUAACACACACACAAAUACAAAAUAUGAAAAAUGUUUAUUUAAUUCAACUAUGUAUAAUGAAUAUACAUUUACGCAAAUUUGAUUGCUGUAUAUGGAAAUGCAUUGGCAUUUGUGCAUCUCUUCCUUGCUUUUCUCCCUUUUCAUUUUUUGUUGUUUCAGUCACAAGAGUAUUGAGAGAGGCAUAGGAAGAGUAAACAUUUUUCCCCAUUCACCAGACUACAAUUGCUUUCUCUAAUUUAAUUCUAAUCCUAUGUAUCUUUAGUAAUUAUACUGAUACAGAAUAAUGCUUAUCAUUUAAGAUCCAAAUCUGAGAAGAGAAAAAACAAUAUUAAAAGUCUGUUUAGACCACCACUUUAGUAGAUAUAGAUGUUUAAUUAACUUAUAGUCAGCACAUUAUUAGUAAGUAUGUGUAUUCAUUCCUGUUGUCCCUAAUUAGAAAAUCUGGCUUUAAAGAUUUUAAAGUUUCCUCUAAUAUUUUGGUCAGAGGUCGAGCAAGUACAAAAUCCAUUGAGUUCAAUCUAUUUAGAUAUGUUGAAUGAUAAUUUAUCUUUACCUUUUUACCUAAAUAGUCACCAGUAAUUGCCCUUUUCAUGGAUUGGGGGGGGGGGUAGAAUUGUUUAUAAUUGACUCUAGUUUUAUUAUCACCACUCCCAUGGUUAAAAAUGUUUUUUACUUUCUAAUAAUUGAAAAGCUUAAAAUUUGCCAGAAGUAGUCACAAACAUCUUUAAUCUUAGCACUCAGGAGACUGAGGCAGGAGAAUCUCUUGUGAGGUCAACCUGAUCUACAUAGUGAGUUCCAGGGCAGUUAGGACUAUAUACAAAGACCUUGAGCCAGGCAGUGGUGGCGCACGCCUUUAAUCCCAGAAUUUGUGAGGCAGAAGCAGGUGGAUUUCAGUGUUCAAGGCCAGCCUAGUCUACAGAGUGAGUUCCAGGACAGCCAGGGCUAUACAGAAAAACCCAGUCUCAAAAAACAAAAAACAAAACAAACAAACAAAAAAAGUAGAAAGAAAGACCUUGUCUCAAAAAUAAAGAUUAACAAAUCUUAAGGUAAAGAUAAUUAAAGAUAAGUAAUUUUUAUUUAUAAAUAUUCAGUGUUCUGUUAUUCUGCUCAUUGCCACUAACUAUUGAAUUAGUAUUUUUAAUUUUUUCAAGCUUGUUAUAUUUCCUAAAGCAGGUAAAUUUAUUAUUUUAUUAGUAGUAUUGUGGCUUUAAGCUUUUUGGUAUAUAAUCAGGCUUGCUCAAAUUUGCAGACUUGUAGAUGUUUCUUUGUUUUAUGUUAACUGGUUUUUAAAAUUUAGAACUCAAUGGCUUUGUUUUGGCCACGUUUUAAUUAAUAACUAGUAAGAAUGCAUUAGGUUAUUUUAAAAAAUAUCCAAGGAUUUUUGAGUCAGGAAAGCUGAUAUCUAGUUUUGCUUCUCCUUUCAAUGAGCUCUGUUAACCUCAGACAAAGCAUUUUUGUUUGCAGUUGAAAGGAAUUCAGGGAUUAGAUUAGGAGUCUCAGAUUCCACCAGACUCUAAUUUGUUUCUCCCUAGCCCGUUUUAUUACAGUCAUUGCUGAGAGCGCACUUGUAUUCUCCCAUAGACUCUGUUUGCUUGAUCAGCUUACUCAGCUGAGGCAAUUGGACGCCAGUGUUAGAAAAGUACCCUGCCUCUGGGCUCCAUUUCCAGCUCCUCACAGAAUAAUAGCUCAGCUGAUCUCAGACGCUUAGUUAGGUAUAUAGCCCAGGCUGGAUUUGAACUCAUGGUUCUCUCAUCAUUCUUGGGAUUUCAGAUGUGCGACCAUGCCCUAACUUAAGUGAUUUUUAAAAGAGAAAAAUUAUGGAUAAUAAAAGUAAAAGAAGUUAUAAGUACCAGACAUGGUUUUUAAUGAAAAAAAUUUAAACAUCAAUAUAAGUUGGUAAAAGAAAUGACAUAUAUAUGAUAUUUGUUCUCUUAAUUAUGAAUCUAGAUUUUUUUUUUUAGUCAAGCCAUCAUACCAAAUGCAUUCUGUAGAGCUGUAGGGUAGCUCAUUGGGAGAGUGAACAGAUCGUGACAGCACUGGUUCUUUUCCUAACUAAAAGGCUGUCAGGUUCUACCAACUUUCACAUGAUCAUUAUCAUUGUUGUUGUUGUUAUUGCUAUUACUAGUUUGGUUUUUCAAGCAGGGUUUCUCUGUGUAGCCCUGGCUGUCCUGGAACUUGCUCUGUAGACCAGACUGACCUUGAACUCAGAGAUCUGGUUACCUCUGCCUCCCAAGUGACAGGCCAAAAGGUGUGCGCGACUACUGCCCAGAUUGAUUAUAAAAUCUCUAGGAACUUAAAGAAAUGGAAUAGAACUCUUUAACUGCCUCCUUGAAUUCAUCGAAUAUGUGUAGUUGCAGAUUGCCAUGGAAAAGUGAUGACCUAUUUUAAAAUAUUAGCAGGAUUAGGAUUUACCUCAGAAAUAGACAGGGCCAUGGGUUCAGUCCCAGCAUUGGAAAUAAAACUUAUAAAAUAUUCUUAGAGAUAAAUGUGACUUGUUAUUGUUAAUUUGUCCUGACUUUGCAGAAAAUACUACCAUAAAGUUUCCUUAAUUCUCCAAUAGGGCCAGUGGGAUGACUCAGCAGUACAGGCUCUGGCUGCCAAGCCGGACAGUGGUGAUUUCCAUUCUAGAGACCCAUAUGGUGGAGACAACAGACUCCCACAAGUUGUCCUCUGCCCUCCACAUGUGGGUUGUAGUGUAUAUCCACAUAUAGACACACAUGCACACAUGCACACACAAACACAAAAAAUGUAAUAAAAAUUUUUAAGUAUCCUUUAAUAAAACAGAGAUUCUCUUGUGAAUUAAUGAUGCUUUCCAUGAAUUGGAUCAAGGAAAUCUCACUUGCUGUCUUCUAAUUUUAUGUGUAUGAAUGAUCUGCCUGUGUCUGUAUACCGUUUGAAUGCCUGGCACUGAGGGAUCCCCUGAAACUGAAGUUAUAGAGGGUUGUGAGCCACUAUGCGGUUGCUGGGAAUCUAACCCCAGUCCUCUGAAAGGUCUCCUAACCACUGAGCCAUCCCUCCAGCCCACCCAGUUGGAAGAUUGAUUUCUUUGCUCUGACUGUCUGCAUCCAUUCAUAUGUCUUAAAUGCUUUGGACUGUCGACUUACAGUGUGCAGUUGAGUGUGAAGUCUGAUGAUGUUACGUACUCGUCGUAAGUACAUAAGUAGGGGCUUUGUUGCCCCUCACAGCCCAUUUGGUUCUGGUGAACAAGCCUAGGGUCUUGCAUAUGCUUGGCAGCCAUUCUACCACUAACUAUAUAUUCAUCCUCAGCACCUAUUAGAUUUCCUUAGCUACAAUUAAUUUCUUGUCUUAGGUCUGUCACUGGUUUUCAGUAAUUAAAUUAGACACUCAGUCUCUCACUCAGAGAUUCCUAUGGCCACAUGCUACAUAAUGAUGUUUUAGUCAUUUUUAGUUAGGAAACACAUGGCAGCCGAAGGCAGGAGGAUCACAAGGUUAAGACCUGUUUCAGACAUCCUGUCCAUACAGCAGUGGUCCCAUAGGGUCAUAUCAUUUCAUAGGCAUGUGAUUGGUGAGUGCAUGCUCUGAUGUUGCAAAAUGACCCAGUUGCUUAGCAACAUAUUCCUCAAAUGUAUCCUGCCAUUAACCAUAACUGUUACAUUUUUUUUAAAAUUGUCUCUAAAAACAACACAUUUAUUUUCAGUUUUCUGGUUCUUCAAGUCCUUGUUGUUGCAUACAUUGAAUAUGAAGUCCAGUUUUAAUGAAUAUUUGGGGAUUGAUAAUGAGAAGUUCUGUAAGAAAAACCAAGUAACCCUAAAGGGGUGGUUUAUAGUUAUCCUUCUUGUAUUUUUCUGUUUGUCUAGCUAUCCUCCACCCUCAGUUUUGAGAAGCUGGCAUAUCUCUUCCUUCAGUCCUGUCUCAGAUCAUUUUCCCAGAACUAAUCUUGUCAGCAGAAGCAUUUACUAUGAAAUCAUUUUUUUAAAAGAAAUCUGCACAGUAGAUUUUUACAUUGAGCUGAGAUGAAUAUGCCUUGAAAAUAAUAUAAGUGUGAAAUUGUUUAAAUCAUAAAAUGGAUUCUCUAGCAUGAAAAUGUUUGUUUGAGCUAAGUGUAGGGACUCACACUGGAAUCCCAGUCGCUUGAGAGGCUAAGACAUUUAAGGCCAUCUCAUGCUGCAUGGGAUAUAAUUAUAGGCCAACCUGAGCUACAUAGUGAGACUGUGUCAGAAAACAAGUAGAGGGAGGAGGAGAAAGGUGUUCAGACUGUGGAAGUUCUGUCAGUGGAUGUCAUUUCUUGUAUAUCUUAGCCAUGAAUUAGAAAAAAAAUCUGAAUUUUCUUAUCAUUUCUCUUUUUAUAGUACUCCAACUUCCCCAGAACCAUCCAGCUUCUCAUGUUUUAUGUUUGUUUGUUUGUUUGAUUAUUUCCCCUAGUAGUAGGGCCUUGCCUGCUACCAGAGCCUUGCAUAUACUAGGCAGGUGCUCCAACUCACCAGACCUUGGUCUUUUCUAUCAGGUAUCAAGGCCUUGAACUUGAUGUAUUGUUGUCCAGGGUAGCCUUGAAGCUUACAGUCUUCCUGUAUGGGCCUCUGAGUGCCAAGGUUGCAAUCACGAGCUUCCCCUGUGCUUAACAUCGCUUACAUUUUUCCUUCCCUCUUUUCUUUCCUGUGUGUGUGUGUGUGUGUGUGUGUGUGUGUGUGUGUGUGUGUCUGUCUAUCUGUCUGUCUGUCUGUCUGUCUGUCUGUCUGUCUCUGUCCGUUCAUCCAUCCGUUGGUGACUAAUGGUGGAACCAGGGCUUUCUUUUACUAUCCAAACCUUCUGCUACUGAACCGUAUCUCCAGUCCUUUAAUACCAACUUCAAACAGCUUUUCUGCUUUUAUUUUCAGUUUCUAGGUUUUGGGUUUUUUUGAGUCUUACUUUCUCACUGAAGUUUAAACUUAUGUUUCAUGAUAAAGUAUGCUGUUGUCACCUCACCUUCUCCCCCCUCCAGCUUCCAGAGCACAGUUGACUGACAGCUUCAAGCAUCAUGCUGGCUUAUUUUGUUUGUAGGAACUAUUACAAAAACUAAUUCUUCAAAAUUUAAAUUUAAAUUAGGAAGCAUUGUUUUCAAGCCCAGCAUGGUAGAUACAUGUCUAUAAUCCAGCAUACAAAAACUAAUUCUUUAAACUUUAAAUUUAAAUUAGGAAGCAUUGUUUUCAAGCCCAGCAUGGUAGACACAUGUCUAUAACCCCAGCAUUUAGGAGGCAAGGCUAACUGCAGCCAGAGGAUUGCCAGGAAUUGACGGCUAGCCUGAGCUACAUAUCAAGACCCUGUCUCCAAAAAUGAAAAGAAAAUACUUUUUGAUAUUUUAAUCUGAUGGUUUGGAGGAGUAUUUAUUUAAACAUGUAUCUAUGAUUAAUAGUAAUUUCAUUGUCUGUAAUACAGACUAUCUAAAUCCCAUAUUUAUUUUAUGAGCUGACUCUUACUUUCUUGUCUCAGCAAACAGCUCUCUGUUGUUCUGUGAUUCUUCUGACAGUUGAGCUCAAGAUUCUCUCAGUCUGAAUAGUUGGAAAAUAUUCUUCUAAGCAUGUGAAAUUGCUGUCUUGGGGGGAGUAACCACAUGUUAGCGACUUACCGUGUUUUAGAAGAGAUGUUAACUUUUCACCUCUGCUCUUCUCAGACUAUCAGACGAGACUACAUAAACUCUUAGGUCAUUUCAAAAACUGCUCUGUCUUGUUGCUGAAUUCCUGCUUUUAAAGACAUUUUAUCAAUCUGAAGUAAAUGCCUUUGAGAACACUUAAGUUACAUAAGCUCUUCACUAAGUCUGUGUUUGAUUUUCAAGCUUUUAGAAGCUGACAGACUGUCAUAAUGUCAAGGGAAUAGUUGAUAAAUACCAUGUAGAGGUAGAAUAAUCCCCAGUAUGAUAGGUACUCCAUUUUUGCUAACUACAGAGUUUUAUCCUCCAAAAUAAGUGAGUGCUAUGUUACACAGCCAACACAUUUUCUGUACGCUUUCAUCUAAACAUUUUCUUUAUACUUAGAUUUCUGGUUAUGGGAACAAAGGUAUAGCAAUAUAAACAUACAAAUAAGAAUAUGAAAUUCCUAUCCAGGAGAUUCCCAGUUUUGUGGUCCAAAAAGGUAUAAACUAGUUUGUUUCAAACUCAGACUAAAUUGCUCCAUAUUGUUGUGAGUAAUUCAGACAGUUGCUAGAAAUCAUUACUCAGUACCCAUUACACUCUUGGAGUUAUUCUGGGUGUCUUAGUUUUCGAUGCAUUCUUGUGUUAGACAAAGGUACUUGGAUUUCAGUAGACGAGGUACGCUGCUUCCUCGGUGAUGCCCUCAGUGAGCGCUCAUUUAGCUGAUCUGAUUCCCAGAUGCUCAGCCUGAAACCUCUCUAGUUCCUGCUUGUUCCAGCUGCUCUGAUCAGUAUGUCCAAAGUAUGACCUACUUCGAGUGCUAGGAAGAAGCAAAUUCAGACAAUUCAUAAUAAAUUGCCAGUAACUAUAAUCUUAUUAUCUUGCUGAAAGAGAACCAAACACAUAAACAUUGACAGGAAAUUCACAGGUGAAUACUGUCCAAGCUUGCUCAAAAAACACUUUCCCUGUUUUCUGUUGACAAUUUUUCAAGGAAUAUGAAGGUAGGAAAACUACUCCUUUUCAUUAUUCUGAAACUUAUUUUUAAAUAACUGGUACUUAGCAAUUUAGUUUUUAAAACACUAUUCUGAAUUAAAUUGCUCAACUGACUAAAUUCUAAACCUAACCUUGUUUUAUCAUACAGACAUCUAGUUAGAAAGUGUUUGUGGUGGAGACUUGUAUCUUGUGGCAUUAGUUCUUCAUGUUUCUUCUCCAUACAUCGGCUAAAGCAGUUCAUUUCCAGAUGAGCGGAAAGUUGCUGUUGUUGGGGUCUGUGUAGGGCGAGCACACCCAGUGAGAGCAUGGGCUGUACUGUCACAGUAGCUGGGUGUGCUCUGCACUCUGCUGUUGUAGAUUUAUUUUGUUUACAGUAGACUGAUGUCAGUUUUGUAAAUGUUUUUCUUAGCACUUUAACUGUGAGUGUAAAAACUGAUUUUAAAUGUAGUGGUUGUAUAUUUUGGUUAUAAAUUGGAAAUUUUUAAUAAAACUAAAUAACUUGUUC